AUAUUCCACCAUCCUGAACUCAACUACGAAGAGUUCCACGCGCACGACGCCCUCAUCAAGGCACUGGAGAGGCUUGGCUUCAAAGUCACCCCUCACGCAUACGGCAUUCCUACAUCUCUGGAGACCGAAUUCGGAGAAGGCGGUCGUCUGGUCGUCUUCAACGCCGAGUACGACGCGCUCCCUGAAAUCGGCCACGCAUGCGGCCAUAACCUCAUCGCAACCGCAUCCCUAGCGGGCUUCCUCGCCACAGUCGCCGCCCUGAAGGCGUCCGGCAAACCUGGACGCGUGAGACUCCUCGGUACUCCGGCCGAGGAAGGCGGCUGUGGCAAGGGCAUGCUCGUCGGUAAGGGGGCAUAUGACGGUGUCGCGGCCUGCGUGAUGGCCCACCCGGCUCCCCUAUUUGCCUACGGCAACGAAGGCCAACAAGGCGACGUCUUUGUCAACCACGUUUCGGCCAUUAGCUUCAGAAUCAAGUUCAAGGGCAAGCCUGCGCACGCGGCUGUGUCGCCAUGGGAGGGCGUAAAUGCUCUCGACGCUGCUGUUCUCGGCUACAACGGCGUCAGCAUGAUGAGGCAGCAGAUGACGAAGGAUGCCACCGUCCAUGGCAUUUUCACGGAUGCCGGCGUCAAAAGCAACAUCAUUCCUGAUUUUACUGCUGUCGACUACACUGUACGUGCGCCAACCAUUGAACAGACCAAAGAGCUGCGUGAUCGUGUAAUUACGAAUUACCGGGCUGGCGCUAUCGCCACGGGCUGCGAGAUGCAGGUUGAGAAUGAUGUCUUCUAUGCGCCCCUGCGCCCAAACAAGCAGCUCUCUCUAGUGUUUGCCGAUGCUGCGGCAGAUUUGGGUAUUCCCAUGUGGUGUGAUGUGGACACUAAGGACGUCAUCUCUGGCGCAACUGAUCAGGGGAAUGUUGGCUGUGUCGUCCCUGUUAUUCACCCCAUCUACGGAAUUGAGGCCAAGGAAGGGCAGAGUAAUCAUACUGCCGGUUUCACGGAAGCUGCCGGAGCCGAAUCAGCACACGAGCGAACUCUUGUUGUUGCCAAUGCUCUAGCAAGAUCUGCAUGGGCUGUGUUGACCGACGACGGGGUUGCGUCCAAGGUUCAACGGGAGUUUGAAGAAAAUGUAACGGAGAGGAGGUUAAAGAUUUCUCUCGAGGAGGAAAUGUCUCUCAUUACGAAGGAUUCCUCUAGGAUCAGCGCACCUGUCAGGAAGCUUUGCUCUUGUGGCAACAGGGCUUGA